UCCAACGACAUUUUUUUAAUUGCUCAUAGCGGUUCUCGCGAGUGACUUUGGAUCACGUCGUGCGUCGCGGAGCUUUAACCGCGUGUAGCUGUGCUUGCGAGUAUUGCAAGCUGGUGGUGCAGCAAUGAGGGGGAGGAGAUGGCAGGGCCGCUCCGGCCCGUUGAAGCAGUUUCAAGAAGCGAUCCAGCAGUUCGUAGGAACGGCGGAGGCCGAGCCAGAACAAUCUGGGGCUCGGCACCACGAAGACGGCCUUGGCCCGAGCAGGCCGAAAAGUCGGAAAGAGUUGCGGAAGGAGCAGAGGCUGCUGAAGAAGCGCAGGGUGAGGGACUAUCAUCAGAGGAAAUACCUGAAACCGAGCCCCGAAGAAGCUCCGGACAAGAGCGUGAAAAUACUGGCUCCGAAAGAGAAAACGUGUGAGGGAGGCGAUGAAAGUAGACCCAAGUCCUGCCAGAAAAAGAAAGCGACGGCAGCCUUUUCCAAGUCCGCUAAAGGGAAGUCCUCAGCCAAAGUCCGUAGACUGGGCUUACUGGAGGCCAACCAGGAGGAAGACAGGGAGAUCAAGAGGUUAGAAAAGGCUUUGGGAUUGAACAAGCGUAAAAAUAAAACUGCCGUCCCGCAGGCCUUCGCCCGGGAUGGCCUGGAUUACGUCCUAGGGAUUAUAGAUGAGGCUGUCACUUCCAUGUCAGGCUUGUCUGACGAGAGUGAGGAUGAGAUGGCCGCAUUGCGAGAUCUUAUGAAUGAGGCUGAAAAUGACCUGGGUCAAUCUGAUGAUAAACAGAUGUCAGAAGAGAGUUCAUUACCGUCUAACGCGGAUGAUGUGAGAGAAGAUGAUAAUUUGAUGGCAGCGACAGCAUCUCCCUACCAGGAUUCUGAUCUAUCUAGUGAUGACGCUGACGAAAGUUCCCUGCCAAGUCAACCAUCACCUGAAAACGAAAAGGAUGAAAGAUCAAAUGAUGGCACUGUUUCGGGAAAGUAUAUACCUCCACAGUUACGUGAGUUGUCCGAAACUAUGACUGAGAAAAGGAAAGAAGAACUUGCAAGACUGAGGAAGAGUGUAAAAGGACUUCUGAAUAGACUGAGUGAACCAAAUAUGGCCUCUAUUAGUGGCCAGCUUGAAGAAUUUUACAUGACAAAUAGUCGUAAAGACAUGAAUGAGACCCUAACCGAUAUACUCCUAAUUGCAUGUGUCACACCAGCCUUGAUGCCGAACAGACUGAUGAUGGAGCAUGUUCUGCUGGUUAGCAUUCUUCAUCACAAUGUUGGAAUUGAGGUUGGAGCACAUGUUUUGGAGGCAGUGGUGAAGAAAUUUGAAGAACAUUCUAAAAAUGUUGGUGAAGGGAAGGAAUCUGAUAAUCUAAUCAACUUGAUUGCACAUUUUUACAACUUCCACGUAAUACAUUCCACGUUAGUGUUUGAUAUUCUGAGAAAACUUAUAGAUGGCUUUAAAGAGAAAGACAUUGAACUAACACUUUUUUUAUUGAAGCAUGUGGGAUUUGCCCUUCGGAAAGAUGAUGCUGUGGCAUUGAAAGAAUUUAUCUUAGAAGCUCAAAGAAAAGUUAAUACUGAUGGGAGACAGUUUCAUGACCAGACCAGGAUUCGCUUUAUGCUGGAUAUCUUGUUGGCAUUGAAGAAUAAUGAUAUGAGAAAAAUUCCAGGCUAUGAUCCUGAACCAGUGGAAAGAUUUCGAAAACUGCAGAGGAGCAUGAUCCAUAACAAUCGUGGUGACUUCCAACUCCGUGUAACAUUAGAAAACCUCCUUUCAGCGGACCAAGUUGGACGAUGGUGGAUUGUUGGAUCUUCUUGGAGUGGUGCCCCUAUGAUUGACUCUGUGGGUAUUAAACCACAACAAGACAUAGUUGUUGGUGAGCUAAGUGGAAAAAUUUUGGAGUUGGCACGCAAACAGAGGAUGAAUACAGAUAUACGCAAGCACAUCUUCUGUGUCAUGAUGACCAGUGAGGAUUACUUAGAUGCUUUUGAAAAACUUCUAAGGCUUGGGCUGAAAGAUCAGCAGGAAAGGGAGAUUAUUCAUGUCCUUGUUCAUUGUUGCCUGCAAGAAAAGACUUUUAAUCCUUUUUAUGCUUUUCUGGUGGAAAAAUUCUGUGAAUAUAAGAGGAGAUUUCAGAUGACUUUCCAAUUCAGCUUGUGGGAUCGUUUCCGAGAAUUGAAGGGCAUGACCAGUCUGGCAACCACAAAUUUGGUUCUUCUUCUUGUUCACCUUCUCAGUAGGAAAGUGGUGUCUUUAGCCAUCUUUAAGGUGAUUGAGUUCAGUGAGCUGAAUAAACCUCGAGUCAAGUUCCUAAGACAGGUUCUCCACAAGCUACUAAUGGAUACAGAACCAGAAGAAUUAGUAGCAAUCUUUCAAAGGAUCUCUGGAAUUCCAAAUCUGGCGAUGUUACGAGAAGGUCUGAAACUCUUCAUUUCCCAUUUCUUAUUAAAGAAUGCCUCUAGCCUGGGCACUUCAGAACAAGCUAAUUUGCUCAAGGAUCGUGUGGACAUUGCUGAAAAGGCUUUACAAACAAAAGAUGCCAGACUAAAAUGUUAACAAUGAAGAAACACUGAAAGACUUUAUCCUAAGCUGUCGCCUUCCUGUCAGCUUGAUCCAGUCUGGCCGUUCUUCUCUGACCUCACUCAUUACCAAGGGAACUAUGCCCACAGAACUGUUGCUCAUUGGAUUUUUUUUUUUUGUUUAUCGCAAUAUUCUCUCUGAACUCUAAAAGACGCGCGUGAAAAUCCCAGGGAAUCAACAAAGACAUUCAAACUACCCCAUCUGGCACCCAUGGUCAUUCCAUGGUCAAGGUCACUUAGCCGUUUCUUCCGCAUUCUACUGUUUGGUCUGAACAACAACUGAAUCUUUUGACCAUGUUUUGACUCUAUGUUGUAAUGCAUUGAGUUGCUAAUAUUUGUAUUAAAAAGGUGGCCACUGAGUUUAUGACCCAGGUAGAAAAAUUCUGCAGAACCAUGUAUAUAGUUGUCCAUUGAAAUAAACUAUAUGUGAUUCAAAUGA